GUUAGGGGGAGGGGUUAUGAGAGUCACUGAAUGACAGCUGACUGAGGAAGAGCGGAGAAAGGAUUUUAAAGUUUGACAGCUGCUGAAUGACUGGCUGAAAGAGACCUCGCCAGACCUGAUUGGAUAGUUAGUAACGCCCACAGUCAGCUGAUCAGCAUGCAGGUUAAGUCUUCCUGACUGAACUUACUUACGCUAUGCUUUUCUCUGUGUGUGAUGUUUCCUGUUUACGUGUUGUUCACCUGCACAUUUAUGUUUAUUUAACUCUUCAAAAACCCUUUUGAUACGUUUUCACAUUGUUAGGUGAAGUUUUAAAUAGAGACACUGUGAAUACUAUGUCAGCAUUAAUCCUCCAAAUAAAUAUGUAGUACUGAAAACUGCUCUGUGCCUGUGAACAAGACUUCACCACAAACAACAACUAAUAGAGGAAGUGGCGGGGAUAUGCAUCUGCAUGCAGAUACUGUUAGAAGCUGCAAUCAUAAAACCUACAAGAAGCUGCUUUCUGGCUUGCCUUACAGGGGAUGAAAAUAUUUUUUUGCAUCCCCUUUCAAAGUGUGAACACUUCCUUCUCUAAAGUUUCAUUCUCGGAGUGAGGCUGUGUGUGACAGACUGAUACAAGUGGGUCCUCUGAGAAAUCCAGUUGUAGUCCCACAUGAGAUGGAGGCUCAGACAGUCACGUGGUUGGUUUUUCUGGCCCUAAUAAUACAUGUUUCUACAAGUGACCCUGAAAGUCCCGUCGAAGACCCGCCCACUGAACCUAAACUGUCUAUGAGGUCUGAGGUCACAGAAGGUCAGACCAUCACCAUCAACUGCACUGUUGAAAGUUUCCCACAGUCAACUCUCACCUUGGCGAGGACCGACACAUACCCCCAGUCUUUAAUGAUCACAGAAAUAAAUCUUAAUUCACGAACCAGCAACUCUCUCUCCCACACGUUUACUGUGACUUCAUCAAACACUGGUUGGUACUUCUGCCGUGCUCAGAACAUUGAGGGCUCAAAGGACAGUGAGCAGAAGGAGUUGGUGGUGAAAUACAGUCCCAAACAUGUGACAGUUCAAGCCAAUCCUGGUCUUGAUGUGAAGGAAAAUGUGUUGUUGACACUGAGCUGUUCUGCUGAGUCCAACCCACCAGUGAGCUCUGUCACCUGGAGGAAGACGACUGAUGGGAGAGAGGAAAUCAUCCAACAGACUCAGACUCAGACUUUCAGGGUGAAUUCAGCCAGUCCCUCUGACAGUGGACUGUACAGCUGUGAAGCCACCAAUGACAUUGGAAGUGGAAAGUCACAGCCAGCUGAGGUUAAAGUCAGAUACAGUCCCAACAAUGUGAAAGUUCAAGCCAAUCCUGGUCUUGAUGUGAAGGAAAAUGUGUUGUUGACACUGAGCUGUUCUGCCGAGUCCAACCCACCAGUGAGCUCUGUCACCUGGAGGAAGAUGACUGAUGGGAGAGAGGAAAUCAUCCAACAGACUCAGACUCAGACCUUCAGGGUGAAUUCAGCCAGUCCCUCUGACAGUGGACUGUACAGCUGUGAAGCCACCAAUGACAUUGGAAGAGGAAAGUCACAGCCAGCUGAGGUUAAAGUCAGAUAUAAGCCGAGGAAGACGAGCAUUUCUGUCAGUGGCUCUUCUGAUAACCAAGUGAAAGUUGGUGGUUCUGUCACGUUAACAUGUGACACCGAUGCCAAUCCUGCCCCGACGACUUACUCCUGGUACCGCAACAAAAAUCAACAAACUGACUCUUUGUGGAAGAACACAAACAGACGAGAGCUGAGUUUAACAAUACAAAGAGCAGAUGAAGCUUGUUACAGCUGCAGCUCCUCAAACCUCAUUGGUGGAGGGGAUAAGAGUCAACCAGUGUGCAUACAAGUACUGUACCCGCCCACUGAACCUAAACUGUCUAUGAGUUAUGAGGUCACAGAAGGUUCAACCAUCACCAUCAGCUGCACUGUUGAAAGUUUCCCACAGUCAACUCUCACCUUGAUGAGGAUCGACAAAUAUAAUCUGUAUUCACGACCCAUCAACUCUCUCUCCCACGAGUUUACUGUGACUUCAUCCGACGCUGGCUGGUACGUCUGCCGUGCCCAGAACACUGAGGGCACAAAGGACAGCAAGCAGAAGAAGUUGGUGGUGAAAUACAGUCCCAAACAUGUGACAGUUCAAGCCAAUCCUGGUCUUGAAGUGAAUGAAAAUGUGUUGUUGACACUGAGCUGUUCUGCCGAGUCCAACCCACCAGUGAGCUCUGUCACCUGGAGGAAGACGACUGAUGGGAGAGAGGAAAUCAUCCAAGGGACUCGGACUUGGAGGAAGACCUUCAGGGUGAAUUCAGCCAGUCCCUCUGACAGUGGACUGUACAGCUGUGAAGCCACCAAUGACAUUGGAAGUGGAAAGUCACCGCCAGCCGAGGUUAAAGUCAGAUAUAAGCCGAGGAAGACGAGCAUUUCUGUCAGUGGCUCUUCUGAUAACCAAGUGAAAGUUGGUGGUUCUCUCACGUUAACCUGUGACACCGAUGCCAAUCCUGCCCCGACGACUUACUCCUGGUACCGCAGCAAAAAUCAACAAACUGACUCUUGGUGGAAGAACACAAACAGACGAGAGCUGAGUUUAACAAUACAAAGAGCAGAUGAAGCUUGUUACAGCUGCAGCGCCUCAAACCGCAUUGGUGGAGGGGAUAAGAGUCAACCAGUGUGCAUACAAGUACUGUACAGUCCCAAACAUGUGAGAGUUCAAGCCAAUCCUGGUCUUGAUGUGAAGGAAAAUGUUUUGUUGACACUGAGCUGUUCUGCCGAGUCCAACCCACCAGUGAGCUCUGUCACCUGGAGGAAGACGACUGAUGGGAGAGAGGAAAUCAUCCAACAGACUCAGACUCUGACCUUCAGGGUGAAUUCAGCCAGUCCCUCUGACAGUGGACUGUACAGCUGUGAAGCCACCAAUGACAUUGGAAGAGGAAAGUCACAACCAGCUGAGGUUAAAGUCAGAUUUUCUCCAAAACACACACACAUCACGGAGUCGGCAGAGAAGCAGGAGCUUGACGGGAGGAGCUCCGUGAUGCUGAGCUGCUUCAGUCACAGCUUUCCCCCAGUCCAACACUACUCAUGGUACAGGAAGAGUCAGGGAGAGGAAAAGGAUGAACUUGUGUCAAAGCAUCAAAACCACACAGUGUUCUCAAACCAGCCAGGAGUCUACUACUGCAUCGCACAAAAUGAAGUAGAUCAAAGUUUGUCUGAUCCUGUCCAUCUGUUUGAACGAAACCACAGUCUGCACAUCCUGAAGUUCCUCCUUCCUGCUCUAUUUGUCCUGAUGAUUAUCAUUUUAAUUGUCAUAGUUUUAAGAUACAGGAAGAAAAAAUUUAUACAACAAGGAACAACAAACACCAAAUCCCCUUCUGGUUUUUCGGAGCAGUUGAGGCGUCCAGAGGCCCAACGACACCAGCCUCUUCCAGACAGCACGCCUCCGACCGACAACGACCUUGUUUACAGCCUUUUGAAUCUGCCCCAGGCUGCCUCUGCACAAAACCCCACAGGACAGCAAGCUGGAAACACCGAGGAGGAUUCUGUCAACUACGCUUCACUGCACUUUAAGAAUAAGCUAAAGAAGAAGCAAAGAAAGGUGGAAGAAGACUCUGUGUAUGCGAAGGUGUCCAAGCCAGCACGAGUUAAAAAGAAUGAACCAGAGAGCCUGCAGGACUAUGAAAACAUUAAUAAUGCAAUUGCACGAGCACCAACAUCUCCAAAUCUAUUUGACGACCACACAAGUGAAGUUGAAGUGGAGCUCCACUAUUCAAAGGUGAGAUUCACAGCGACGCCCCGACGUCAGACGACCAACAGAGACUCCAGCAGCUCACACCAAGAUGAGAGUCUUUACUCUAACGUCAGGAUUUGACCCGAGAUGUUCUCAUCCUGUUUUUUACAGCUACCUCGAGCCUGAGGAAGUUUAUAUUCACAAUAAGUCAUCACAGAGAGUCUGAAGAGUUCAUGUGUUAAACCGUGUUAUCAGUUGGAGUAUUUUAAAACUAGUUAGCAAGAAGGCACAGAAGUUACAUUACAGAGCUAAAAUAUAAUAUUUAAAUAGUUAAAAUUGUUAAUUUAAAAAAAGUAAACAGCAAAAUGUGAGGGAUAAACGGUUAAAAUGCUUAUUUUCCAACUUAAAAUGUAAAUAAUGUGAGUGUCAAAUAAUUUUAUUAAUAACUUUUUAUAUAAUCUAUAUAUAUAAAUGACAUGCAGUUAGACAAGAAAUGCUGAGAAUCACUGCCGAAUGUGUUUUUGUCCUUUCCAGUGUUUUAUACUUAAUCUAAACCCACAGACCUGAAAUGUAAAAUAUCCUGUUUCUCAAAAUAAAAAUAAAUAUGU